GCCGCCGGCCCGGCCAUGUGCCGACAGGGGUGGCUGCUGCCGGCUGCCUGCUCCGCGCCCGCCGCUGCCGCCCGCCUCCUCAGCCUCCUUUCUGCCGCUUAUUUUUAAUAUAUGUAUAUUUUUUGAUCGUUAUUUCAUUUUUUAGAUUUUUUUUUUUUAAACGUUUAUUUUGGUAUUGAUGCUCUGCGAGCGGGAGACUUCGGGAGACGCGGUCCUCACCUGAGCGAGCCGGCCCCAUUCCCCCGUGUGAAGGCUGUUAAUGGAGAAGAGGGCGGAUGACAGCCGGGACCGUGGUCAUCACAGGUGGAAUAUUAGCGACUGUCAUUUUACUCUGUAUCAUCGCCGUCCUCUGCUACUGUAGGCUCCAGUACUACUGCUGCAAGAAGGAUGAAUCCGAGGAGGACGAGGAGGAGCCCGACUUCGCCGUGCACUCGCACAUCCCUCCGCUGCACUGCAACCGCAACGUAGUGCUGACCAACGGCCCCUCGCUCUACUCCUCAUCCCCCUUCACCAAAAAACCGGCCCAGAGCCGGCCCAGCUGUCCCAGUUGCGCUCCCUACGAGCCCCCUACCUCCUUCCUCCAAGAGCCCCCCACAUCCUUCCUCCAAGAGCCCCCAACCUCCUUCCUCCAAGAGCCCACCACAUCUUUCCUCCAAGAGCCCACCACCUCCUUCCUCCAAGAGCCCACCACAUCCUUCCUGCAGGAGCCCCCCACCUCCUUCCUGCAGGAGCCCCCCACCUUCUUCCUGCAGGAGCCCCCCGAGGAGCUGCACAACGGGGGGGACAGGGUGAGCUACAAGACGGUGAGCCAGGAGGACCUGGCGCUGCCCGUGUCCAACCUGCAGGCGCUCAACCCCAACCGGCUCUCGGCCAUGCGGGAGGCGUUCUCCCGCAGCCGCAGCAUCAGCACCGAUGUCUGA